UUGUGUUCAUCUUUGAUGGUCUGGAUGAGAGUCGACUUCCGCUGAAUUUCCAAGAGAACCAGCAGUUGUCUGAUGUGACACAAACAUCAUCAGUGGAUGUGUUGAUGACGAGCCUCAUUCAGGGAACUCUGCUUCCCUCUGCUCUCAUCUGGAUAACCUCCCGACCAGCAGCAGCCAGUCAGAUCCCUUCUCAGUGCAUCAAUCAGGUGACAGAAGUACGAGGGUUCAGUGACCCACAGAAGGAAGAGUACUUCAGGAAGAGGAUCAUUAACCAGAAUCAAGCUAACAGAAUCAUCUCGCACAUUAAGGCAUCCAGGAGCCUCCACAUCAUGUGCCACAUGCCAGUCUUCUGUUGGAUCUCAGCCACUGUCCUUCUGCAGAUACUGAAAGAGGCUGAUGGGAAGAAAGCCCCCAAAACUCUGACUGAGAUGUUCAUACACUUCCUGCUCAUCCAGACCACCAGGAAGAACCAGAAGUAUCAAGAGGAAAAUUAUAAAGAUAGGCAGAGGCUCCUGGAUUCACAUAAAGAUGUCAUACUGAAACUGGCAGAGCUGGCCUUCAAGCAUUUGGAGAAUGGCAAUCUCAUGUUCUAUGAGGAAGACCUGAGAGAGUGUGGCAUUGAUGUGAGUGAAGCCUCAGUGUACUCUGGCAUGUGCACUGAGAUCUUCAGGGAGGAAUGUGUGUUUCACCACAACAAGGUCUACUGCUUUGUGCAUCUGAGCAUCCAGGAGUUUCUGGCAGCCAUGUUUGUGUUUCACUCCUACAUGUCAGAACAUUUUGAGAGACUGAAAUCAUUCACCAGCAAACGACACAAAGACCUGCAAGCCCCCCUUCCCUUGCAUUUUCUGUUGAAGGGAGCCGUGGACAAAGCUUUGGACAGCAACAAUGGACACCUGGACCUUUUCCUCCGCUUCCUUGUAGGCAUCUCAUUGGAGAGCAAUCAGGCUCUUUUACAAGGUCUGCUGUCAAAAACACACAGCAGCUCAAAGAGCAUCAAGAAAACUUGUCAGUACAUCAAGGAUCUCAACAGAAAGGAUCUGUCUCCUGAAAGAUGCAUCAAUCUUUUCCAUUGCUUAUUUGAAAUGAAUGAUCAUUCCCUAUAUAAAAAAGUCCAGACAUACAUGAAAAAUUCAGAUGGCGUCUCGGGUGCACUGUCACCUGCUCUCUGUUCAGCACUGGCUCACAUGCUUCUGAUGUCUGAGGAGGUGCUGGAUGAGUGUGACUUGACGAAAUACAACACAUCAGAGGAGGGACGGAGGAGACUAAUACCAGUUGUGAGAUGCUGCAGAAAGGCCCGACUUAAAGGCUGUAAACUCACACAUGAGUCCUGUAAGGUUGUGGCCUCAUUUCUGCAGUUAGCAAACCCCCUGCUAGAGCUUGACCUGAGCAACAAUGACCUGAGAGAUUCUGGAGUUCAGCUUCUUUCUAAAGGACUGUCUAGUCCUCACUGUAAACUGCAGACAUUAAGACUUAAAGGCUGUAAACUCACACAUGAGUCCUGUAAGGUUGUGGCCUCAUUUCUGCAGUUAGCAAACCCCCUGCUAGAGCUUGACCUGAGCAACAAUGACCUGAGAGAUUCUGGAGUUCAGCUUCUUUCUAAAGGACUGUCUAGUCCUCACUGUAAACUGCAGACAUUAAGACUUGCUGACUGUAAGCUAACAGAGGAGUCCUGUAAGGCUGUAGCCUCUGCUCUGCAGUCAUCGGUCUCCCUGACAGAACUGGACCUCACAAACAGUGAAAUGAAGGAUUCUGGUGUUCAGCUUCUCUCUGCAGGACUAAGUAGCCCUCACUGUAAACUACAGACAUUAAGACUUGCUGACUGUAAGCUAACAGAGGAGUCCUGUAAGGCUGUAGCCUCUGCUCUGCAGUCAUCGGUCUCCCUGACAGAACUGGACCUCACAAACAGUGAAAUGAAGGAUUCUGGUGUUCAGCUUCUCUCUGCAGGACUAAGUAGCCCUCACUGUAAACUACAGACAUUAAGACUGUGUUGUUGUCUCAUCACACACGAGGGCUGUUCUUUCUUGGCCUCUGCCCUCAAAUCAAACCCCUCCUACCUGAAACAGCUGGAUCUGAGCUACAAUCACCCAGGAGACUCAGGUGUCAGAGAGCUCACAGACAGACUGAAUGAUCCCAACUGUAAACUAGAGACGUUCAGGUAUGACCAUGGAGGAGAGUUCAGGCUUAAACCAGGACCGAGAAAAUAUGCCUGUGAGUUCACACUGGACCCAAACACAGCAAACAGAGAUCUCUCUCUCUCUGAGGGGAACAGAAAGGUGACACGUGAGACACAUGAGACACCUGUGAGUGAGGAGCAGCACCAUCCUGACGACCCAGAGAGAUUUGACUACUGGGAUCAGGUGCUGUGUAGAGAGGAUCAGUCUGGACGCUGCUACUGGGAGGCUGAGUGGAGUGGUGGUAGGGCUGAUAUAGCAGUGGCAUAUAAGAGCAUCAAGAGGAAAGGGGCGAGUGCUGACGGCCUGUUUGGACAAAAUGACAAGUCCUGGCAUCUGAAAUGCUCUGGUAACAGUUACUCUGCCUGGCACAAUAAUAAGAAGACUGCCAUACCUGCCCCCUCCUCCGGCUCCAGCAGAGUAGGAGUGUACCUGGACUGGCCAGCAGGCACUCUGUCCUUCUACAGCGUCUCCUCUGACACACUCACCCACCUGCACACGUUCCACUCCACAUUCACUGAGCCCCUCUAUCCUGGGUUUUAUGUUUAUUUUGGCUCCUCAGUGUCCCUGUGCCAGAUCACAUGA